GGACCCAUCUCUUUCUCCACCUUACAAAUCAAAAGAGGGUCGUCGGAGAGGUCGAAGCUAUUUUACACACCCUCUCUCUUUCUCUCUCUAAAAAACAUCUCUCUCUAUGGCUGCUGCUUCAUCGCUGACUGUAUCCGGCUCCAUCAUUUCCCGCACCACACCUGAACAUGGCUCAAACCCCAACUCCGACCGUCUUUCUCUCUCUACUUUCUCUCUCCCCACCUUCUCCGGCCUCAAAUCCUCGUCUUCGACAUCCUCAUUGUCUUCUCGCUCCGCCACCAACUCUCGCCGGCGGAUGAACUCUCGCAAUCCAGUCCGCGCCUCCGCCACCGUGGAAACACUCGACAAGACGGAGACGUCUCUUGUCGAGAAAUCCGUCAACACGAUCCGAUUUCUCGCAAUCGAUGCCGUGGAGAAGGCGAAUUCGGGUCACCCGGGUCUGCCCAUGGGGUGUGCUCCGAUGGGUCACAUACUGUACGAUGAAAUCAUGAGGUACAACCCAAAGAACCCUUACUGGUUCAAUCGUGACCGCUUCGUUCUCUCAGCUGGACACGGUUGCAUGCUUCAGUAUGCUCUGCUUCACCUUGCUGGAUACGACAGCGUCCUGGAAGAAGACUUGAAGGGUUUCCGUCAGUGGGGAAGCAGAACCCCAGGUCACCCUGAGAACUUUGAGACCCCUGGUAUUGAAGUGACCACUGGCCCUCUUGGUCAGGGUGUUGCCAAUGCUGUUGGCCUGGCCCUUGCGGAGAAGCAUUUGGCUGCUCGUUUCAACAAACCCGACAGUGAAAUUGUUGACCACUACACAUAUGUGAUACUCGGUGAUGGUUGUCAAAUGGAGGGGAUUGCAAAUGAAGCUUCUUCCCUUGCAGGGCAUUGGGGACUUGGAAAAUUGAUUGCCUUUUAUGAUGACAACCACAUCUCUAUUGAUGGUGACACAGAGAUUGCAUUCACUGAGAGUGUUGACACCCGUUUUGAAGGUCUUGGGUGGCAUGUUAUCUGGGUGAAGAAUGGUAACACAGGCUAUGAUGAAAUUCGUGCUGCAAUCAAGGAAGCAAAGGCUGUCAAAGACAAACCUACUUUGAUCAAGGUUACUACAACCAUUGGUUAUGGGUCUCCUAACAAGGCAAACUCGUACAGUGUGCACGGGAGUGCAUUAGGUGCUAAGGAAGUCGAUGCCACUAGGAAGAAUCUUGGAUGGCCUCAUGGGCCUUUUCACGUGCCGGAGGAUGUGAAGAAGCAUUGGAGCCGCCAUGUCCCUGAGGGUGCUGUUCUUGAAGCUGAAUGGAAUGCUAAGUUUGCUGAAUACGAGAAGAAGUAUAAGGAGGAAGCUGCAGAGUUGAAGUCAAUUAUCAGUGGUGAACUACCUGCUGGUUGGGAGAAAGCUCUUCCAACAUACACUCCAGAGAGCCCUGCUGAUGCCACCAGAAAUCUCUCUCAACAAUGCCUUAAUGCCCUCGCAAAGGUUCUUCCUGGCCUUCUUGGUGGCAGUGCUGAUCUUGCUUCCUCCAACAUGACCCUGCUGAAAAUGUUUGGGGACUUCCAAAAGAACACGCCAGAAGAACGUAACGUCAGGUUCGGUGUUCGUGAGCAUGGCAUGGGAGCCAUCUGCAACGGGAUUGCCCUCCACAGCCCUGGCCUCAUUCCCUACUGUGCAACUUUCUUCGUUUUCACUGACUACAUGAGAGCGGCUAUGAGGAUUUCCGCUUUAUGUGAAGCUGGAGUUAUCUAUGUCAUGACCCACGACUCAAUUGGACUUGGAGAAGAUGGCCCAACCCAUCAGCCUAUUGAGCAUUUGGCAAGCUUCCGAGCAAUGCCCAAUAUUUUGAUGCUCCGUCCAGCUGACGGCAAUGAAACAGCUGGUGCAUACAGGGUUGCUGUCCUCAACAGGAAGAGACCAUCUGUUCUUGCCCUUUCUCGUCAAAAACUUCCCAAUCUUCCUGGAAGUUCCAUUGAAGGAGUAGAGAAGGGUGGAUAUAUUUUAUCAGACAAUUCUUCGGGUAAUAAGCCGGAUGUCAUUUUGAUUGGAACAGGUUCUGAAUUGGAAAUUGCCGCCAAAGCUGCUGAUGAACUCAGAAAGGAAGGAAAGGCCGUAAGAGUUGUCUCCUUUGUUUCUUGGGAGCUAUUUGAUGAUCAAUCAGAUGCUUACAAGGAAAGUGUUCUACCAGCAGCUGUAUCGGCCAGGGUUAGCAUUGAAGCUGGGUCAACAUUUGGGUGGGCAAAGAUUGUUGGCAACAAAGGGAAGGCAAUCGGGAUUGACAAAUUUGGUGCAAGUGCACCAGCGGGGACAAUUUACAAGGAGUAUGGCAUUACAGCAGAGGCUGUUGUAGCAGCGGCUAAAUCAAUUUGCUAGGCUUUGUCAUUUGAGGUUCUUGGAUGCCGGUAGACAACUGAAAUUGUUUACACAAGUUUGAAUUAGGAAAGUUAGUGAAGAGUCCAUUCUCAAGUGACACUGCAGUUCUUGGCCUCUCACAUUUCAUAAUAAAAGAUGAAGUUUUCUUUUUGUCCCUUCUGUCUUCUUCAGUGGAGCAGCUGAGUCUGCAACCUGAAUCAAGAUCAAUAGAGAAAUGAUGGUUUAUGAUGUUCAUAAAUUUGUACCAACUACCAACUCUUGGACCAGUGCUGAAUUUUGUAAUGUUAUGGGGUUCAUUGUUAAAUGAGAUUUAUAUUUUCCUA